ACUGUCGUCUGCCUGUUGGUUAAGUGCAGAGAGAGCCUUCAAGGGCUGUCGGUUCAGUUGCGCCCGCGGCGGCCCAGUAUGUGUAGCCCAAUAGCACAAGGCCUGCCUUUUGGUUUUGGGCCUUAUGUGCGGCCCAGCGCGCCUAGCAGGGACCAACUAGCGCACUAUAUGCGUAGAAGCCUGCGGGGACGGGGAGGCGGCGGCGCCUGCCGGAAGCUUGCAGCAGCCUACGGCGGAGGAGGCGGCGGCCGGCGGGGAAGCGGAUGAGGAUGGAGCGCCACCGCGUUGCUACCGACGACUCGCUCAACCCCUCCUCCUCCCACAUAGACGACCUCCCCGAGGAAAUCCAAACUCUUAUUUUGUCACUGCUGUCACUGAAAGAGGCUGCAAGGACUAGCAUUGUGUCAAGAAAAUGGAGACCGCUCUGGACACGCCACCCUAACCUGAGCUUUGAUGGCACCAGAAACCGGUCCAAUGACGAGGAUUGUGUCAAAAUAGAAAGAGCAGAGUUCAUUGAGACAGUCAAUUCUAUUGUUCAGCAGCACAGUGGAGUAGGGCUCAAUAGGUUCUGCAUCAGGUGCGGCAUAGAGGAGGAGUCCUCGGAUCAUCUUGAUAGGUGGAUUUGCUUUGCCACUGCAGCAAGGGCAAAGACCAUAGACAUUAACCUGUUGCCAAAAGGGUGUAUCAGAAGACCAACCAAAGGAGAUUAUCACUUCCCUCUUGAGGCUUUAGGUGCUCGAGAUGGUCCUUUUAUCCAGUCCUUGCUUCUCACCCAUGUCUCUAUAGAGCCGUACUCAGAUGUAUGUGGCUUUACAAAACUCAGAAGGCUUCUUUUGCAUUCUGUUCAAAUCACUGGAGAUCUUGCAGGCUUGCUAUUAAACUGUUCUAGUCUUGAGGAUUUAGAGCUCAUCGCGUGCUCUGGCUUGACUGAUCUGAUUAUACCACACCAACUGGAUAAACUUAGACAUUUGCUACUUUCAGAUAUGUGUGUCCAGAUGGUUGAUUUUCAUGUUCCUGGUCUUGCUCAUUUUAAUUACAAAGGGGAUGUGGUUCCUAUAGCACUUCAUGGUUGCUCAAAACUAGAGAAGGCAAUAAUAAUGUUUAAAAAUUACAAAGUAUUGGGCCAUGCAUUCACUGCAAUUCAUGGUAUUUCAGCAGUGAAGGUGCUAAACAUGCGUGCUGCUAUGCAGGAAGAUCAUCCAGUCUGGGGCUCACAAGUACCUGCCUACCUGGUGCAAAUGGUAACAAGACCAACAUGCAUGUUUAUGAGUUUGAGGCACUUAACUUGUGAAAUAAAAAUCCACACUUAUCGUCCAAAUAGCCACAGUGGACUCCUUCAACUGGCUAGCUAUUUGGAAUUUGCACCCCAGCUGGAGAUACUGCAAGUGCAUAUGUUCUAUUAUAAGUUUAGCAGCUCCUGCUGGAAAGGGGAGGUGACAGGGAAGGGGAUCUCCUUUAUGCACGGCCUUGAUCACCUCAAGUCGGUCUACAUGAGUGGGUUCCGCGGUUUCCGGGCUCAGGUGGAGUUCCUGUGCGGCAUCCUGGCGAAGGGCGACGCGCUUGAGCAUGUAACCAUAGAACCACAGGUGAAAUUACGAUGCGCUCGCAUGGUGAACGUGUUCAUCCUUGAGUGGGAGAUCAAUGAGUGGGCGCGUCGUCUCUCCGAACGGUUUGGUAAAGCGAUCACCGUCGCACCACCCGUCCGAGAGCCGUUGGGCCUAUUCGCUUCAGCUUAUAAGCCGGCUGAAAAGCUGAAACGGCUGAUUUGUUGUGAGAGGAAAAUACCGUUUGAUGGCUGAUAAGCCGGCUGAAUAAGCUGAAGCGAACAGGAAGUGAUGUCAUGUACCGUGUCUUUUUUUUGGGGGGUUUCCCUGAGUAAAUUAUGUCUGCAUUAACCUUGGACGGGGUCUUAGAUUUGGUGCGGCACCUUUUUAGUAUUUUUGGUUCAUAACAUGAACUUCUCAACAGAUCGUACGUGUGGUGUGUUGCCGGAUAUAAAAAGUUAUGGCUGUUGCUCUUUUCUCAC